AUCUGUCAUGACGUCAACAGAAAAUGGACAGAUCCAAACAUCCGGUGGUGUGCUUUGUGGGGAUUUCAUUUGCUCAAGCUAAGGAUUCAUAUCAGAACUAUCAAGGCUGAGACUCCAGUAAGUGAUGGAGCAGGAGGGGGAAAGGACCCCGGAACGCUCCAAGAAGCCCGACAUAGCGCUCUACGUCCCCAAGAGACGGCAGGAGGAGGGGGGUCCAGCGAAAGAGGCCCCCUCUAACCCCAACCCCUCCUCCAAAGACAAGGCCCAGGCCGCAGGCAAGCCGAAGGGCAGGCCCCGCUACAGCGACAAGGGCAGGAAGAGCAACAGCAAAGGCAAGAGGGACAGAGGCGGCAAGGAUGGGACAGCGACCGACGCCCUCUCCAAUGGUGACGCGGGGCAGCAAGGGACCGAAGGCGCACAGGCCAUCGACGGAGGGCCUCGGCCGGGGGCCCAGACGGAGGGUGGGACAGGGGCUGAUGUUCCCUCUGGGACACUUUCGGAGAAGGAUGGGGAGGGUCUGCAGAAUUGCAGUGACCCGUCGGGUUCUGAAGCGCAGGGGGGCGGGGUGGGCAGCUUGCCCGGGGAAGAGUCCAGUCAGCAGGGCUCUCUGGAGCAACAGGAGCCGGACCCAGAGGAGGAGAGCUGGGACACCCUGUUCAAUGACAGUGGCGACUGCCUGGAUCCUCACCUGAUAGAGGAGAUCUCACUGCAAGCUGGGAAAAAGAAGGAGUCGAUCCAGGAGUCGCGGUUCAAUUACUACAACUGGGACCCGGAGGGGGAGCCGGAGCUGGAGCUGCGAGACGACGAGCUGUCCAACAUCGUGGAGAUCUACGAGUUCCCCAGCGAGUUCAAGACCGAGGACCUGCUGCGGGCCUUCCACUCCUACCAGCAGAGGGGCUUCGACAUCCAGUGGGUGGAUGACGCGCACGCUCUCGGACUCUUCUCCAGCCCCAUCGCGGCCAGAGACGCCCUCAUGUCCAAACACCCCAUGAUGAAGGUGCGCCCCCUCUCCCAGGCGUCGGCCGCCACCAAGGCCAAAGCCCGCAGCUGCUCAGACUACCUCCUGCCCGCUAAGGAGCGCCCCCAGACCAGCGCGGCCCUGGCCCGCAGGCUGGUCAUCGGGGCGCUGGGUGUGCGGAGCCCGCAGAGCCGCGACGACAGGGAGGCCGAGAGGAAGAAACUGCAGGAGGCGCGAGAGAAAAAGCGUCUGGAAGCUAAACAGCGCGAUGAUGCGUGGGAAGGGAAGUGAAGGAGGAGUGCUCUCCAUCUCUCUCUCUGUCUCACACACAGACACACACAUGCACCCACACACACACACACACACAGACACACACACACCCACGCACACACACAGACACACACACACCCACGCG